AUGGAGGCACCAGCUGAUUCUGAGGACAUUGUGGCAGACAUUCCUGCGGACACAGGCGCGGAGGCUGCUGAGGAUGAGCAUGAGGGAUUUUCGGGUGGUCCGAGCGACCCAUCCGUGUUGACCCAGUAUGCGGAUCACGUUGCUUGCAGCGUAUGGACGGGAGAGGAGCGUCCUGAAUUGAAGCUAUCCUCUCAUGGGAGGAAGGUCCAUAGUUUAGGCAGGCCUAUCCCUGCCAUUGAGGUACUUGUUGCUGGUACAGGACUAAGUCCUCUGAUCGCGUGUUCGGUAGACACCGGUGAUUGGGGACUUUUGUCUGCGUUUGUGGAGUGGUGGCACCGGGAGACGUCUAGUUUCCAUCUCCCGGUGGGAGAGCUCACCAUCACGCUGGACGAUGUCUCCUCACUUCUCUAUCUUCCCGUGGUUGGCGACUUACACGCCUUUGAGCCCUUGCACGUGGACGAUGCAGUUCAGAUGCUGGUGGACUUAUUGAUGGUCUUUGCAGAAUCUGCCAGGGCUGAGACAGCCCAGUGUCGUGGACCGUAUGUAUGCCUGCAAUGGGUACGUGAUAUAUAUCAACGCCGAUGCCAGGCAGGUCAUUGGACAGCUGCGGCUCGCACAUAUCUUCUUCAUCUUUUGGGUUGCACUCUAUUUGCUAACAAGAGUGCAACCAAUGUGCAUGUUGUUUACUUGGAGGCCCUUCGUGACCUCAGUAUGACGGAGAGGUACGCCUGGGGAGUGGCUGCUUUGGUGCUUAUGUACGACCAGCUGAACGAUGCAUCCAUGAGCCACAACCGACAGCUUGGCGGUUACAUCACGCUGCUGCAGUACUGGAUUUACGAGUACUUUCUGUCAGUUGGGGACUCCAUUGCUGAUCAGGACUACGACGAGGAUUCUCUACGUGCGUGUAGGUGGAUUGUGACGAAGAAGACCGUUAAGAGCAUUUGUACGUCGGCAUACAGGGAGCGCUUGGACCGACUCUGGAUUCUGGAUGUCUGUUGGAUCCCGUAUGGGGAGCACCGAUCGGUCCGGGACUCCCACGUCAGAUCAUGCUAUUCCGGUCUCUUGCGCUGGGGGCCUGUUGCUCUUCAAGUCGUCCCUCAGGCCUCGCAGACGGAUAUCCCUCACGUGCCGGAGCCAGGAGCAUCGUCGACAUCUGUGGAGGUGCCUAAACAUGCAGUGGAAGUUUGUGAUGACAUUGCUCAGAGGUUGGAGCGCCAUCUGAGUCUAGGGGUGGUCACGCCAGGCUCAUCGACACAUGAGGUGAUCAAAGAAUGCCUCAGGUUGGCCAAGAGCAAGAACUAUGAUGAUUGGUGUGCUCAGAUGAAGGUAACCUUUCGAUUCCAAGAUGUGACAGAAGUGGUGCAAGAAGGGGUUCAAGAACCUGACAAGAACCCAACUGAUGCACAUAAGAAAAUUAGAUUUGUUGAUACUGCAAAGAAGGCAUGGGAUACUCUAGAGAAAUCCUAUGCAGGGGAUAGCAAACUCAAGAAGGUGAAGUUGCAGACCUUGAGAAGGCAGUAUUACAAAUGA